CCUUGCCUCUCGCCGGCAUCUUGUCAAUCUGAAUUUUUCACUUCGUGUGUUCGAUGCGAGCUGCCUCUUUCUUUUUAAUUCCGUGAAAAGUGUCCGAAAAAUCGAACGGAACGAAACGUAAAUUGGUCGCGAUGGAAUCGUGCUGCCGCGCGUGUUCGCGUAGUGAUGAUUUCCGGCGGUUUUCGUUGUAUGCGGUCGCGGAAGUGAGCCAGGAAGUGAUCGCCAACAUGAUACGAGACACCAGCGAUACACAGGUUUCGACUGAGGAUGGCUUGCCGCAGCAAAUUUGUCCGGACUGUUUGAUGACCCUCAGUUUGGCUUACUCGUUUCGGAAGCAGUGUCGCCGUUCCGAUGCCAAGUUUCGCGAAUACUGGGGCGGAAGAACUCCGUCUCAGUCCGUGGAUCAGCAACAGCAUCAGCAGCAGCAACAACAGCAAAGUCAACAACACCAGCUCCCUCGGCGCUCCCAAUCCCAAAUACCGGAAGAAAGUUCCUUCGAAGCAGUCGCCACUACCAUCAAAGAAGAGGUAGACAUUUACGACUACGAGUAUAGUGUUCCCGCUGGCCAUGACAACCAGUGGGUGAUCCAGAAUCCCAGAACCAUCGGGGAAGGUGCGAUGACAGUGGUGCACAACACCGGUGGACACUAUUACGACGAAGGAGCAGCUAGUGAGACCGGUGCAGCACCUGACCGUGAUGGCCACGGCAUGUUGCACCCAAUGGAUGAUGCAGCGGAAAUGGGUGAAAGCUCCGGCCUCGGCCAAAAGGACGAUAAGUUGAAGAAGAACGUGCCCAAUCCGGAACGGUACAGCCAACGCAUCCGACGCCAGGAAAUCUCAGCGAGCAUGAUCGAACCCAGCCCUCGAAACACCGAAUCCGACUGGGGUCGGUUCUCGGUCAGCGUAAUCCCGGAAGCAUCGCUGAUGGCCACCACAAGCACACCAACCGCCAGCACCACUGGCCAGCAGCAGCGUUGCCAGCACUGUAUGAAAAAGAUGAAAAAGCCCUACAAGCACCGGAACGGCAAGUGUCUGGAACCGAAGUACAAAGCCUCGUCACGACCAAAGUGCGCCUAUUGCCAUCAGACGUUUUCCAGCAGUAAGGGCAUACCGAGCCAUUUGCGGAACAGCUGUCGCGUCUAUCGACAAGUUUGUGAAGCGAAGGGAAUCAGUUUGCCACCUGCAGAGCAUUCAUCCUCCCCGUACGAUACCUCUUCCGUUCCCAGCGAAACUCCCGAACCACCUAGCCGGAAGGGCCCGGCGCCCUCACAACUUAAUGCGAAACCCACAAACACCAUCGAACAAAAACCCAAACUCAGACGGACAAAGACAACCGCCAGCACCACCAACUGGAGUCAUAGCAUUGAGUGUCAGUAUUGUAGUAAAAAAUUCCUUAAGAAAGCCGCCCUCAACAGGCACAUGCAGAAGCAGUGUUUGGUGUGGGUCCGGAAGCAAACGGCAAAUCUCGCCAAGCUAAAGUCAAUCAAAGAAGUUACCACGGGAGUUCCGCUACCGUUGCCGCCCCCGCCAGCUUCUUCGUCCCUGGACGACAAAAGUGCCAUCGUUAGGGAGCAGCAACAGCCGGCUCCGGAACAGCGAGCAGCACCACCACAACCAGCAGUGGCGGUGGCCGAAGAGCUGACCAAGUGCGUCUACUGCCAGCAAAGCGUCGGCAAGAAAACCCGCUUCCUUCAUCACAAUGGACGGUGCGUGCUGGGUCGGGUGAACGCCGAACAUCCGUGUCCUCACUGCCCGGAAGCAUUUAUGACCCGAAGCCUGCUGCUGAAGCAUCGGUGUGAUCCCGCACAGAAGUUUGAAAAUCCCCAGAAGAAAGCCGAGACCGUUGAACAAACGCCGAAGACCAACGCUCUCCCGCCAGAACGCAAGCAGAGGCGGAUAGCAAAACUUACGCCCAAGAAGUUGGCCCUAGUGAAGGCCAAAACUCCCGCCAAGCAGCAAAUCACACCCCGCAAGCAGCAGGAAAUCCCCCAGGAGACGCCCACGAGCAUCGUGAAGCGGGAGUUCUGCUCGCACUGUCGACAGCGGAUCAAAGAAUCCGACCGGCAGAAGCAUGAGGAGAAACGGUGCUCCAACAACAACCAGGUCAGCUACAACUGUGGCUACUGUCGGAAGGGUUUCGCCGCCCGGGAUACCAUGAUCGAGCAUCAGCGCGUCUGCACCGUACGGAAGCAGCACAAACAGGUCAAGUGCCAGUUCUGCGGGUCGAUGAUUUCCAACCGGGGCAAUCUGAAGAAGCACCAGAAGGUCUACUGUAAAGCGAUUAACCGACCCGAUGACGUAAAGUCGGAAAAAUCAGAACCCCAGAAACAGGAGAAGUCACAGAAAUCGGAAAAACCAGAACCCCAGAAAUCGGAAAAGUCGCCGAAGCCGAACAAACCGAAAACAGUCAAGUCUGAAAAGCCGCUAAAACUUAAGAAAGUCAAAGACGAAGAGCCAGUCAAAAAGAAGCCAAAAAUCAAGAAGGAAAAGCCCAAACAAAAUUCGAAGACUCAAGACGAAGACAUGGAAAACAUUCCGCUGAAGCAGCGUAAGCUUCAAAAACCCAAGUCCGCCCCAGUAAGCAAGGCGGUGGCGGUUGCAACUAAAAAACUGAACAAGAAACCCCUCGGCGCCAAGAAACUUCGCUGCUUCCCCUGUCAGUACUGUAAGGUCAAGUUCGAGAAGGAGAGUCUGGCGCGGAAGCACAGUCAAAAGUGUACGGUGAAGCGGCCGGCACUGAAAAUCACGUGCGAACACUGCAAGCAGCGGUUCUCCAAGAAGGGCAACCUGGAACGGCACCUGCGCUUGAAGUGCAAAAAAAUCAAUCGGGAUAGGAGCAUUCUGAAUCACACCAUCAACGAGCUGAUCAAACCUAAAAUCACUGAUACGGCGAAUCCUACGCCACAGAAGGACAUUGACGAAAAUGAAAAAGAAGAACCAGUAGCGGAUCGGACAGAAACCGAUCCAUUAGAGCAUCCAAGCGAACCUCAACCAGCAGAACCCAGCGAACCAGAACUGGAACGCAGCUCUCCAGAAACAGAACGCAGCUCUCCAGAACCGACCGAGGCGAGUCCCAGUAUCGCCGAACAACCAGUGGAACCACCUGAGAUUUCUGUGGAACCACCUGAAAUCCCCGCGGAACCAUCGCCGACUUCGUCGGUGCACGAAGAUGAUCACGAAACUGAUAUCGAAGAUGAUCAACAAGAAGAUAUCGAAGAUGAUCAUCAAGUAGAUGAUCACGAUGUUGAUCACGAAAUGAGUCACGAAAUUGAUCACGAAGUUCCGGAACCGAUCGACGAGGAGAUCAUUUUACAGGAAGCGGAACUGUUACCAACAACCGAGGAUGAGGAGAUGGACGACUUGGAAGAAGCGGAGAUGGCUGUGGCUGAACCAGAGGAUCCUUUAGAGGAGCAGGAUCCAGUACCGGAGGAGUCGCUGACGCCAGACGAUCACCAAGAGUCGGACAACAACAACGCCGAGCCGGAGAAAGAUUCCUCUCCUGAUGUGAGGCAACCCCCCAGUACGGAAUCCGAUUCACCGAUGUCAAUCGAACGGCACGAUCAAUCGCACCAGUCGGCAGAAGAGCUCCCGGAAUGCGAAGCAGAGUCGACCCCCGCGGAUCCCAUGCCGGAAAAUUGACUCGCGUAAAAACGCCAGAGCUGAAGAUAGUUUUACACAAGUUGACUGCAUUUGUAUGUAUGUUUUGAGGGGGGUGGAGAUUGUACAGUAAUGCUACUCGUAGGGGCACGAUUUCGGAGCAUAUGAUUGUGAGUAGAUUAUACAAAGAGUGUACCCGUCCCGAUUUCCGGGACGUGUUUCGGAAACAUACCAAGUAUUGAACCAAUUGUUAGACAAACACGGUUUGAUGUCGUUUAGCCAGUUAAACAGGGUGGUACCUUAUACAUACAUAAAUAAAAAUAGCGAUAUCGGAUGAAGCUGUCCAAUAUCGGCAAUCUUAGUGUCA